AUGUCCUCUCAAGCUUCUGCCACCAUCACUGGGCUUGCUGUAUUGGAAAACCCUCGCUUUUACGACACCAAACAAUCCAACUCAUUUGUCUUUGACACACAAUUCUAUCUCACUCCCCAUGUCACGCUGGUAGCGCAGCUGCGGUACUACAAUGCCAAAGGAGAUCAUUUCGAUCCAAUGGGGCAGUAUGUAGUUUGCUCGACGAUCGCCAAAACUCAGGAAGGCGCAAAAUUAGGUAGCCUUGAUAUCAAACCGGAGGAAUAUCAUGUCGUUGGGGACAUCAUCUGGGUACGUCGACUUCUGGUGUUCUACAUGUGGCCGCUCCCUGAAAUCAUCGUUUGUAACCCCUGGCUCCCCUGA